AUGUGGAAGACUAUCAACAAUUUUCAACUCUAUAUAGGAUUAUUAAUAUUUAUAUCUCUAACAAUGGUAUAUUUUUAUACAACAUUUUUCCCGCAACUCAGUUUUAGAUUACAUUUCUUCAACGACGACACACAGCUUUAUUCUUAUGAUUCUAAUAGCUAUGUAGUUUCCAAUGCUAAUACUAAGUCGAUUGUUAACCAUGUCAAGUCGGGGGAUGUACAAAAUGCCAAGGCGAAAACUUCUCCAGAUAUCAAGACGAAGUCCAAAUCCAAUCGUAUGAAUACACUUCCUACUGCCGAGAAAUUAAUCAAUCGGCCCAAGAAAGGUCUUAAUAAUGCAAAGGAACUGAACAAAACAAACAGGCCCAAAUAUUUGAUCUACCUCUGUGAUAGAAAACGAGCUUGUGGUGGUUUCGGUGAUCGACAGCGGGGAAUAACUUACGCCUUCAUGAUUGCGAUUCAGUUGGAGAGAAAAUUUGGAAUCAUCAUGUCUACACCUUGUGAUGUUCGACAAUUUUUUAUUCCAAAUAAAUACAACUGGAUUAUUCCUGAAAGUGACCUGAUCGGGAAACCACAGAAAAUCAUCGACAUUGUGGAUAGAGGGAUGGUUGAUUUGUCAAACGACACUACUGAGGUGAUUUAUUUACGAACCAAUUGUCCUCAAAAUGGUUUCGUGUAUCGCCAAAUCCGGCAUAAAUUACCCCUAUAUCUAAAAGGUGGGACGACACGAGGCCAAAUGUUUAAACUCACUUGGGAAUCUUUGAUGAAACCAUCACGUCACGUGAUCAAUCAUUUAAAAACUUUCGAUCUGUCCGAAAAUAUGACUUGUGCGCAUGUCCGGAUCGGAAAAAGUACAAAUUUACCGAACGAUCCAGCGAGGAAUAAUGUAACGAAUGUGCCUAAACUUUGGAGUUUUAUGGACAAAUUUGACAAAGCCAAUACAAUAUUUGUCGCAACUGACAAUAUCGAAGUUAGAGAUUCAGCACGACGGCGAUUCACGAAGCGUUAUUUUGAUUCCGAGGGAAGGAUCGUACACAUUGAUAGACAAAAAGGAAUGGACGCGGACUGCCUUGGGUUCGAAACUGCAAUAAUUGAUCAAAUCAUACUGUCCAAGUGUAGUGUUCUAGUCGUCUCAUUUAGUGGUUUCAGUAUUCGAGCCGCCAUGUUGAGAAAUAACACGAAAAAUCUUUAUAGUUUUCACAAGAAAAUAAAUCCUUUCAAAUUGCCCUAA